UGGAUGCCGGCGGCCGGCGGCCGAGCUCCCAGAGGCGGAGGGCGGCGGCGCGGGCGGCGGCGGCGGGGGCGGCCGGCGGCCGAGAGGCGGGGAGCGCGGGCCCCGAGCGCUAGUGCCGCCAUGCCCAGCUCCACCGGGCAGCCCGACGGCGGCGGAGGCAAGCGCAGCGGCGGACCCGGGGCGGCGGUCGGCGGGGACCCCAGCCCGGGCCCCCCGCCGCCGCCGCCGCCGCCCCCGCCCGAGGGCGCCGAGGAGGCCGCGCCCGCGCCCCGGCCGCCGCCCGAGCCCGACGACGCGGCCGCCGCGCUGCGCUUGGCCCUGGACCAGCUCUCGGGGCUCGGUCUGGGGGGCACGGGCGACGAGGACGAGGAGGGGGCGGCCGCGGGCGGCAGGGACGGAGCGGUGGCGGCGGCGGGAGGCUCAGACUGCGGGGCCGCGGCGGAGCCCGCGCCCCCCGACGGGCCCGAGGCGGGCGCGCCCGGGGUGGCCGUGGCCCCCGGCCCGCUGCCACUGCUGGAGCCCGACGUGAGCCCCCCGCCGCCGCCUCGGCCGUCGCCGCCCGACGUGUUCGCGGGCUUCGCGCCCCACCCCGCGGCCCUGGGUCCCCCGACGCUGCUGGCCGAGCAGAUGAGCGUAAUCGGCAGCCGCAAGAAGAGCGUGAACAUGACCGAGUGCGUGCCUGUGCCCAGCUCCGAGCACGUCGCCGAGAUCGUGGGUCGCCAGGGGUGCAAGAUCAAGGCUCUGCGCGCCAAGACGAACACUUACAUCAAGACGCCGGUGCGUGGGGAGGAGCCGGUCUUUAUCGUGACCGGCCGCAAGGAGGACGUGGAGAUGGCCAAGCGUGAGAUCCUGUCGGCCGCCGAGCACUUCUCCGUGAUCCGCGCCACGCGCAGCAAGGCCGGCGGGCUGCCCGGUACCGCGCAGGGUCCGCCCAACCUGCCGGGACAGACCACCAUCCAGGUGCGCGUGCCCUACCGCGUGGUGGGUCUGGUGGUGGGCCCCAAGGGCGCCACCAUCAAGCGCAUCCAGCAACGGACGCACACGUACAUCGUGACGCCCGGGCGCGACAAGGAGCCGGUGUUCGCUGUGACGGGCAUGCCCGAGAACGUGGACCGGGCGCGCGAGGAGAUCGAGGCCCACAUCACGCUGCGUACGGGCGCCUUCACCGACACGGGCCCCGACAGCGACUUCCACUCCAACGGCACCGACGUCUGCCUGGACCUGCUCGGGGCAGCUGCGGGCCUCUGGGCCAAGGCUCCCAACCCGGGCCGCCGGCCCCCCGCGUCCACGGCCGGCCUCCGGGGGGACGCUGCUCUGGCCACCCCGGGGGGCCCCGAGGCCUUCUACGCGGGCGGCCGAGGGGGGCCGACCAUGCCGGUGCCGGUGCCGGACGCGGACCCCACCAGCCCCUACGGCGCCUCGGGCAACGGAGGCUUCACCUGUGGGGACGGUCCGGGGGCCCCGCGGGCCCCCGCCCCGGAGGACUGCGACUCGGCUUCGACUUCCUGCGCUGGACCUGACCGUGCCCACGCGGCCACCAUCUGGGCCCUUGAGCGGGCGCCCCUGCCCGCCUUCAGCGGCUGCGCGGCCGUCAACGGGCUUCCGCACCGCCCGGCCCCGGGCGCCCGACGCAGCAGCGGGGCCGGCACACCGCGCUAUUCGCCCACGCUGCCAGAGCCCGGCGGCCUGAGCCUGGAGCUUCCCGCUGGCCCGCCGCGCUGCGCCCGACCCGGUGGCGCCCUGCCCUGGCGGCCCCCGCAGGGCUCCCUGGCGUCCUUUCGAGCACCGCCAGCUUCUCCACGGCCCACCUCGCUGCCCAGCAGCUCCUCGGCCUCCUCGUGCUCCGCGCUGGACUCGAGCUCGGAGAGCGCCCGCAAGCCCCAGGCGGCCCCGGCACCCAACGCCCCCGCCUCCGCGGCCCUGGCGCGGGAGUGCGUUGUGUGUGCUGAGGGCGAGGUGAUGGCCGCGCUGGUGCCCUGCGGUCACAACCUCUUCUGCAUGGACUGCGCCGUCCGCAUCUGCGGCAAGAGCGAGCCCGAGUGUCCGGCCUGCCGCACGCCUGCCACCCAGGCCAUUCAUAUCUUUUCCUAGCCGGUCACCUCGCCG